UUUCAUUAUUAUGUUCUGAAACAUACAAGUUUAAAUUGCUUUUAUAUUUUUGUUGUUUGGUUAACAUUAACUUAACUUGGUUAUUAACAUUAUCCCGUGUAUAGUUUUUUCUUUCCAUCGGUUUUUUUCUAUAUUUAUUACCAUACUGUGAAUAACAAUUCCGGUGCAUUCGUGUCGUCAUGUAUAAAAGAUAUUUCAACCUCAACUUGCCUGACAGCGGACCUGCUAUUUUAUGAUAUAAAUGUGGCUCAGCGACCUGAAUGAUCUUCCCAUCAACAGCUCCACCAAUUAAACAGGCAGUAUGGUGGUCGUGUUAAAUGGCGUACUCGCCGAUGAGUGCCCGACAUCCGUGCGAGCGUUGUUAGCAGCUCACCCCGGCUACAGAGAUGCUGCAGCCCAGUUGUUGGCGGCGGCAGCCCGCGUGGUCGCACCACCAGGUCUUCUUUAUGUGGGACAGAGAGAGUUGGCAUCGGUUGUACCACAUGACAAAAACGUCACCAUCAUUGGCUCAGAUGAUGCAACAUCAUGUAUUAUUGUAGUCGUGAGGCAUUCAGGGUCUGGAGCAGUAGCAUUGGCUCAUUUAGAUGGCUCUGGUACGGCAGAGGCAGCAGCAGCAAUGGUGGGCAAAGUACAGCAACUGGCUGUGGGGUAUCCCGAAGGAAGGCUGGAAUUGCAGCUAAUUGGUGGCUUCACAGACCCUCAUAGAUAUUCCGACGAAUUGUUUGCUAAUAUUAUGUUAUCAUUCCACCGCUUAACCGAAGAAAUCGACUUGACUCUGGCCUGCUGCUGCGAGUUGAACACGGCCCUCGGCGGAGGGUCACCUUCUCCUCUGGUCACAGGCGUCGGAGUGGAUAUCAGAGCUGGUGACCUCUUCCCGGCCACAUUUCCUGAUAAGGGACCAGAAUUGCCCCUCCGAUGUGCCAGGACCAUUACCGGCGGACCCAAUUCAUCACAAGUACUGGACAUAUACGACAACGCAGUGGGUAUGGUCCGUAUCGGUCCGUUCUCAUAUGACCCUCUGAGGGGCGUGGACCUCUGGCUGGAGCAGGCCGAUGACUUCAUUCUGCAUCACCUUAGCACCACGCCCAACGCGGAGCCACCGCACUUCGUACACAAUAUCCGCGUGACGCUAAAGUUCAUUCAGCAGCAUCCGUUUCCAGCUGUCACGGUGUUCCCCGACAGUCGGCCUCACUACUACCGCCGUGAUGAGCAGUCGGGAUGCUGGAUUCCAGUACGAUUUUAAAUGUAAAACAAUACUACCGAACUCUUAAAUACACUUUGCGUUUGAUUUCCAUUUUAACAUCAGAAUUAAAUUUUAAUAAAAAAUAUUGACACUGUGUUGACAUUUGACAUGUUUGAACAAAUCUUAUGCUAAUCUGUGGAAAGGUAACAUCUUGUUGACAAUGUCUUAUUGACGUACAAAGUUUUUUAUCUUCAAUACGAACAAUGUGUAUAUGUUAUCAUAAUAGUAUAUUAAAAAUAUUAGUUGUAAUUUUUGUAUGCUCUCCAUGGGUUUUUUUGGAAUUAAGCAGAAACCAGAAUCUAUAUCAUUUUAUUAUUGAUUUGUAUUCGUAGAGAAAUCCGUACUAAGUAAUUUAAAUAUUGUAUACAUUUUUCUAUAUAAUAAAACUUAAAAAAACGUGGAUUCUGAAAUUGCUGUCAGUAGAGUAAAAUUUGUAUAAAAGUGUUCAUGAGAAGUAGCACUUUAUAACGCACACACAACACGCAAAUACAAUGCUGGCUUUUAAGUAAAACAUCCUGACUAUACAUGCUUUAGACCCAAAAUCGACGGCGUGAUCUCAUCAGCUACAUGCCUAUUUAAAAAAAAUCCAGUAAUAAUGUAUUAACUAAAGAAAAAAUAAAUAUAUAUGCUUAAUAUUUUUUUCCUCUCUAAAACUGAUAUAUGUCUACUAUGGAAUUAUGGAUGACAAGGGGCAAUCCUUAUUUAGCAUAAAUUUCUUUUAAUAUAAUAAUAAUAAUUUGUAGCCUAAUAUGGCAUUCCAAUGUGAUAAAUAUAGAAGCCAAUAGCAUUUUGUUAUUUAAUAUUGAAUUAACGGUUAGCUCUCUAAGGUUUUGUAUACUUUUUAUAUUUAAAUGUGUGUAUUGAUCUAAUGUCGAGUAGAUUUGGUAUAACAAUAAUUUUUAUGACUACAAAUUAUUCCCCACUGAAAUUUUACUUUGUAAAAUACACUUCCAUACAUAGAGAUGAAGACACAUUUA